AUGGAUGCGCGCGUGCGUGCGUGUGUGUGCACUGUAUGUAUAUCUAGAGAGAGAUAACAUUCAAUCAAACAGACUACCGGACAAUUAACAAAACCCAGUUCCACCCAAGAAUCUCCCACCUCCCAUGUGAAAACCAAAGAUUAUAUACGUAUAGUCUUUUGUGAUAAUCUAGCGCAGUGUCCCCUCGGGCGCCUCCAUGCCCGUUUUCCCCCUCUCCGCCUCGCCGAACAGCUGACUCGUAGUAAAGGCAGAUACGUUCAGAACACGUUUUGGAGCAGGAUCUCUCUCGCAGGGAAAUGUCAGGACCUGAGCAGAAGGAAGUCUCCCCCAGCGCCUUGCCUGUACCUGAGAUACCGAAAUGCUUGCAGAUUCGAUCGGUGACCAAAGGACUUAUUUCAUACGCAGAGUCUCUUGAGAUGAAGCAGUGCCGUAGGGCUGCCCACGCUUGCAUUUGGGCACCUCAUCCAGGGUUUACAAAUUUUGGGGAAUGUAGAGCUGCGAUCAUGAUGCACCUUCGCUUUGAUGGCACCUUUGGCUUCCCAGGUGGUCUUAUAGAGGAUGGGGAGGAUGUUAUUGACGGCCUUAAUAGAGAAAUGGCUGAAGAAAUUGGUUGGAAUCCAGCGGUCCGUCCCAUUACUUGGUCAGAUUACUAUAGUACUCAGCUAGAAACAAGAAAGAAUAUGGUUCUGCACUUCUUCAUUGUUCAGAUAACGCUGGAGCAGUUCACAGAGCUUGAAAAGAAUUGUGUCUUAGCUCCAGAGUAUGGAAAUGAGGUUUUUGGAACCAUUCGUGUUCCUCUCUACACAAUGGCCAAUGAAUACAGUGGGUUACCAGCUUUCCUUAACAAUAAGUUCAUUGGUAUUGCAAAGCAGCAGCUUCUGUUAGCUCUGUAUCAGCAGAAGAUUAUGCCAGAAUCAGAAAUUACCGAAGUGUUGUAUAAGAGCCAAAACUACAAGUUAGCUCCGAGUAGGGUCUAGAGAUGUGAAGAGCAACAGUGGACAACUAAUACUGGGUUAUGUCAGUGAGCUGAUGUAUUAGCAAAAUGAAAGAACUUACUGACUUGGUGCUGUUUGCAAUCAGUUCCUUUAAUUCAUCUUAGGUGUUUGUUAAAGAAAAGAAAAGAAAAAAUAUAGAUUUUGAUGGUCAGUGUUUAAUGUGAA